AGAAUUUUAGUGUCAGGCUGACACUAAAAAAACUGUGAAGGUAGUGCAUGUAUUGCAGGUUGCUGUUAUUUUAGCAUUAUAAUGUUCAAAGUUGACUUUAUAAUCACAUUAUUCUAAUCGGACUUUGAUAAGUAAUUUGAAAGUGUGAUUUGAACUGUACUAUCACUGAAUGCCUCAGUAAUGGAUUCCAGCCCAGAAGAAUCACCUGUUGAUAUCCCUCCAGUUCGCGAUGAAAUGGUCCAGACAGCAAUAAAAUUCCUCCAAAAUCCCAACGUGAUAAACACCCCGUUGGCUCAGAAGCAAAAGUUUCUCCAACGCAAAGGUCUGACCGACAAAGAAAUUCAACUGGCUUGUGAAAAAUCGGGGUCCUAUGAGCGCUACGAGGAACAGAAUCGUCUUCCGCCACCCCUACCACUCACGCCGAGCCCUGCUAGCAAUCAUUUUUAUAGGAAUCAAACCCAACUAAGCAUUUUCAGUAGGAUAAGGGAUGUGAUACAAAACGUUGCGCUAUUCAGCAUUGCUGCUUAUCUUAUUCACAAGUUUUAUAUGAGGUAUAUCGCUCCAUUUUUAUUCGGUAAAAAAAAGAAGUCUAUUGAGGAGUCUAUAGAAGAAUUAGAUAAAAAUGUGAAAUCAACUGUUGGCCAGUUGAAAGAUGAGCUGGAAAGUGUGAAAGUUGAAAUAGGAAAAAGAAAUACGGAGGAAGUUACAAGUAGGCAAUUCAAUGAUCUGAAAUCCGAAAUCUCCAGUGUGAAGGGACUUCUGCUGAGCAGAAAACAGUUCCCUUCAGUGGCUAAUAUUCCAGUUGUCCCACCAUCGAUACCUGCAUGGCAAAUGUCUAGCGUGGCUCCCGACCACAACGACGAGCAAGAUGUUGACCCUGAAGGAAGGAAGGAAGACUUGCUAGAAGACUUGGGGUCUGGAUCCGGAUCGUCUGAACCAGAGCACGGCAUGAAGACAAGCGAAUCCAGUUUGGAGAUCAUAUAUUCGAGGGACUGUGAUUCAGAAUCUUGCCACAGUAGAAAAAGCAACAAAGAUGAUAUCGACAAAGAUUAGGAUGUUUAUGUAAAUUUACAAUACUUUUUUACAUAUUGGUACGACAUGACUUUUAUUUUUAGUUACCACAUCGUGUGUUGAGAUUUUACAAGUUUUUAUUUAUUGUAUAUUCUAAAAAAAUAUAUACCACGAAUAUGUUUGUUGAAUAUAUUUUUUGGGAACGCAAUAAACUAUUUUGUUAUUCU